CGAUGUUUGAAUACGUUGGUGAGAGUCGGUCGGGAGGCAGCGAGAGGUUCAGUAACUACAGUAGUGAGGUUAGCUUUCAGUAGUUUAACACAGCAGAGAUAAAGAUAGGUAUAAGGAAGAGGUUUAGCAGUCAGGUCCGCGGGUAUUUUGGCCGAAGAACUACAGAUUAAGAACAGCAAAGGCUGUUGCAAUGUCUGCAUUACUGCGCUCGCCGGGUGGCAUCCUGUCGGAUGAGGAGGAGUGUGGCGCCGUGUUUGAGUCCACCGCAGCAGAUAUAGGUGGGCUUCUCCACCCCCAGCGUUUCAGAGCUCCAAUACAGGAGAUUUCAGUUAUCACUCCAGCAACAGAUCCUCAGACACCCACGAAAGAGGCCUUGCAGACAAAGACUUUACUGGACCGGACAGUGAGCAGAGAUGAAGCCACAGAGAAGCUGAAGGUGUUUCUGCGGAUCCGUCCUCUUACGGAAACGGAGAAAGAGAGAGGAGAAGAGCAGGGCUGUGUGUGUGUUCAGAAUGAAGAUACUCUGCUUUUGACUGCACCCAAAGACUCACACAACAUGAAGACUGCUGAGAGAGGCAUCGUCCAGAGUGUGCACAAGUUCAACUUUACACAGAUCUUUGGGUCACAGACCUCCCAGCAGGAUGUGUAUGACCAAACUAUGAGGGAGAUGGUGCGGGAUGUUCUUCGUGGGGAGAAUCGACUCCUCUAUACGUAUGGUGUAACUAACUCUGGCAAAACCUACACCAUCCAAGGGACGGCUGGAGAAGCAGGCCUGCUGCCUCGAGCGCUGGUCUCUGUGUUCUAUAAGACUUCAGGGCGGCUCUACACCGCCACGGACCUAAAACCAGUUCUCAGCCAGGAGGUCCGGAGGCUGGAUGUCAGUGAGGUUUGUGCCGAGGAAUCCAAACGGGAUGCUUUGCUAAAAGAGGACACUACGAGGCUGCGUGGGGGUACCAGUUGCAGCUGGGACAGUGGAAUUGGUGGUCUUUCUGCAGUGACUCGGCUUGAAGAUUCGGACACGGUUUGUCUGGAAGCAGACCCUCUGUCGCUCAGUGGUGGAGAUGACCUGGAGCCGGGACUCCAGUACUCCAUCUGGGUCUCGUUCUAUGAGAUUUAUAACGAGUUUCUGUACGACCUUCUGGAGGCCCUGCCUACUCAACAAACCCGGAAAAGAGCCACGCUGCGACUGAGUGAUGACAAAUAUGGAAACCCCUAUGUGAAGGAUCUGACCUGGGUUCAGGUUCGAAGUGCAGAGGAGGCCUGGAAAGUGCUCAAAGUUGGGCGACGCAACCAAAGCUUUGCCAGCACUCACCUUAACCACAACUCUAGUCGCAGUCACAGUAUCUUUACCAUUCGAGUGCUACACAUUGAUCCACAGAUGGAGAUGGGACAAGGAACACGAAUCAGCGAGCUGUCCGUGUGUGACCUGGCAGGGUCAGAACGCUGUAAAAACCAGCAGAAUGGAGAGAGAAUGAAGGAGGCUAACAACAUCAACACCUCCCUCCUCACCCUGGGACGCUGCAUUAGUGCUCUCCGACACAACCAGGCCAACAAGUCACGUGCUCCUCAGGUUGUGCCGUUCAGAGACAGCAAACUGACCAGAGUGCUUCAGAGCUUCUUCUGCGGCCACGGACGCUCCUGCAUGGUAGUCAAUAUCAACCCCUGUGCAUCCACCUACGACGAGACCCUGCAGGCCCUCAAGUUCUCCGCUAUCGCCACUCAGCUGGUUCACGGUCCAGCCACUAAAACCCGUGUCGCCUACAUCCUCUCACUCCUUCGUGAGCAAAACGCGCACACAGCUGACAUCACUUUGGAGGAGGACGAUGAAGAAGAGGAGAGUGAUGAUGAAUGUGACCUCACCAUGUUUGACCCUGAGGAGCUGCUGAAGGCCAUCAACAUUCUGAAGCGAGAGGUCCUCCGUCAGCGUCAAGAGAAGGAGAAUCUGGAGGCCAGGGUCAGAGAGGAGGUCUGCACUGAGAUGAUGGAGAUCAUCAACCGUAUGCAAGAUGAUUUUAGUGAGACUCUGGAGAGAGAAAGACAUCUAAACGAGGAAAGAUGUGAAAACAAGAUCAGCAACUUGAAAACCAGCUUAAAGAAGUACUACAGUCAAGAACUGGAGGAGAGAGACGAGCAUAUUAGGGAGCUGAUGGCCGCUUUGAAUGAGAAGAACACAACUAGUGCAGCCCCAAUAUUCCCUCCUUUAGACACUGAAGGGCUCCGUAGAUCCAAGCGUCUGGCUUCCACACACAUCCAGCACACAGGGCAUGAAGCUGCCGAACUAGAGCAGUGUAAGACAGAGCUGGACCUGUGUAAAGCUGAGCUGGACCAGUGUAAAGCUGAACUGGACCUGAGACGGACAGAGCUGAGGCUAAAAACACUUGAGUUAAAGCGUUGCCAGGAGCAGCCCACCAUCUCCUCCAGCACCUGCAGCCUGACCAGCACAGCAGAUCGCAAACUAGAAGAGGGCCAGAGGAAUCUGAGGCAGUUGAGGGCAGACCUGCAUUUGCUGGGACUGAAGCUGCAGUCCGGGGAGAGGGCCUGCUGCCGCAACACAGAUGGGGAGAAACUGCGUAUGGCCCUCAGCUCGGCCGACACCACACUAGCCAAACAGGGUCAGAUGCUGGUGGAGCUGCAAACCAGUCUGCAGCUGGUCAAAGCUGAACUGCGCCACAAAGAUGAGAGACUGGCGCAGCUGCAGCUGCAGUGUCCUCCUGCACCUUCUUCUACCACCCCGAGCUCCUGCAAGCGCAGAGGCUGCGGAGAGAACCAGCCGCCGGAGAAACGGCCGCUUCUGCGCUCACUCUUCACACGCACCCCGUCCAAAACCCCACAGUGGAACAGCGCCACCACCCCCUACGCAAGGGUACUGCGCUCACGGCAGCCGUCACCACCCCCCAGCCCCGCCCUCGUGCGCAGGGUCAAGUAUUAAAGAGACAAUCCGACCAAAUGAGUGUUUGUGUAUCUAACUGUGUUUUGGUCAGCUGCACAGGCUUGGUUAAGAGGCGGAGAAUCGGCACAUUUGAUGUACACUAAAUACCAAAUGCAAUAUUAUAUCUCAGUUAUAAUAAGCUUUUUAUUAACCUUUGCUAAAAGCUCUAAAAUGGGAUCUUAGUACUCUUGCAUAAUUUAGUGGCUGAGAGAAACACAUUCCGAGUGGGUUCAUGCAGAAUUUUACAGUUUUACUCUUUAAUUUGCGUCUUAUUCUGAGAGUUUAUUGGCUGGUGGCUAAACAAAUCUGGUCAUAGCCUGACUCCUGUAAACUCGGAGUUCUCCUUUUUUCUGAUUACCUAAGUUCAUAUAAGUGUGUUGAUCAGGUUUUUCAGAAGUGCAUGUAAACGCACUUGAUCCUUCACCCCAAACCCACUCAGAAUGAUUUUGUUCACAUCUUAAUCGCUUAAUUGGUCAGAGAAUUUUGGGAAAUGGCUGGAUUUCUCCUUUAUUAACCAACUCAACUAAAUAAAUGUACUUUCUAUGUGAAUAGUUAAUCAAAAUUAGCUCAAAUUUAAACUUUGUUUAUGCACCUAUGCUUUAUAUUCCAUGCUGCUCAGCUGAUUUGUUUGUAUGUUUUUUUUCUGUAUGUUAAUGUUCUGAAAAGAUCAUUUUAUUGUUUUCUGUAAUGUAAAGGAAGAAUUCCAUAUGCUGGAACAGAAAUAGCAGUGUUGUGUAAUGAACGUGUUACUGGUGCAUGCCCCUCACUGUCACUAUUCUCAGCUACAAUAACCAAAAUCAGACAUGCCCGAUAUAUUAUGGCUAUGUCUACAUGUAUCCAGAUAUUUUUAAAGACAGAGAAUGCCUCAUAAACAGAGAUUUCUCAGAGGUUUAUUCCCAAAUUACACAAUAAUCCAUAAUUAGUGUACUAUUCAAGUGAGAACAUCUUAAAUCUAAAGAUGUGUCUAGACAUGGUUUUGCGCAUUUCACUGUAUCGAGAGUAAGGAGAUAUUUAAGAUUCAGCCAGAAACAUGUCUGUAUUGUGGUGUAAGUGGUUUUAUAAAGCUGUUUUUUCCCCGUCCACAUGACAACACUAAAACUCUUUUGAUUAACUCUGUUUUCAGUGACACUGGAGCCUUCAAAAUUACUUUUAAACAUCUGGAUACAUGUGAAUGUACCCUAAGUCUGUAUUUAGCUGAUUCAGUGUUAAAGGUUUGCAUGGUAGUUCUGAUACUGAUCACUGUGUGCUGUGUUCACACUAACACAACCCUGACUCCCAAUACUGUGGAGAAGUCAGACACCUGAACAUCAAUAAAAUCAGACGUCUGGUCUUCUCACCUUAA